AUGGCAGCGCUCGUAGUAGCGGAGAUUUUGAGGGCUGAAUCGCCACCGCUUCGGGUCAAAAAUGGUGAAAGAAAGAGCCUGGAUGACGGCGACCAGGAAAACUGCCGGGGAUCCGUUUCCGAUCAGACCUUCCUAUGGAGACAGACCAGGUCACGCGUUUUGCGGCCGAAGUUAGGAAGCAGUACAGAAGCCUCCUGUGUGUCAUUCGGCGGGUGCUGGUGGAGGAACAAGCUCCGCGGCCUCUCUCAGCCCUCACUGAAGCCAUCCAGAGCAUCUCGCUGGGAGCUGGUCCAGGCCGCUCCUCAUGUUCUCCACUGCACUGCCAUCCUUCUCUCGAAUAACAAGCUGGGACACCAGGAUAAACUUGGGGUGGCUGAAACUAAACUCCUUCAUACUCUGCACUGGAUGCUUCUGGCGACCCAGUGCCACCAGGAGCCUGGCCUGGGACGGUUCGGGGGCAGCAGUGGUAGCAGUAGUGCCUACCUUCAGCCCAACCAGGGGUCUCACAGACGCAAUGGCAGCACAACCGAAGAAAAUGAAUAUGCCAUUCAAACUCUACCACAGGGCAUUUAGCCUGUGCUGGAGCUCUUUGUGUUUCUCUUAGCGCCCCUCAUUAACCGGAUCAAAGAGUCGAACCUCACCUUUCAGCUGGCUGGUGGACUUGUUGUUGUAAUAAUGUUAGAACUUGCAAAUCCUGAUGUUCCUGCUUUUUCUUCCUUAUCCAAACCCAUGGCGUAACAUUUAUUUACAGCUAAGAGGAACUCUCCAGUGAAUAACCAGUGUAGUCUCCUUGAUACCAGUAACCCAUUGCCCUGCAUGGUAUGUGAAUCAGCCCAGCCAGACUCCUCCUCCCCCUCGGUGACAGGGCAGAGCUGUCGCCAGUGGCAGCUCUGUGGAGAAGGAGGGUCCUGAGCCUUUGAGAAAGGAUUUUCACAACCAAAAGAACUCACUGGGCGGAGAAGAGGGUGUGCACUGGGCCUCAUAUACUACCUGCAGCGACUCGUCAGAUACUGCAGGGGGGAGAAGCCUGAGCGCCAGCCUGAGCCUCAUACCCCCUUACCGCGGCGCGGCAGUUCCAUGGUGGCGCUACCUUCUUUGUGUACUCACAAAACACAGGAUAUGACUUUGAAAUGUAAUGAGAAGCAGGUCUUUAGCUCUGAGACCUUCUCUAAAGUAUCAGUUACCAACCAGAGACCAGCAGUCCCUGACCUCUCCACUGAGAUGGGCAUGAACAUAUUCAAAAGUUUAAAAACCGAGAAGAAGAUCGAGAGAAAAGGCUCUAUCAUUCACCAUACUGGGAAACUACGGCGUCGAAUGGGUGUACUAACACCCUGAUGCCACGAGGAUCACCUGGAUGUCUCACCCACCGCAUUGCAGCACCUUCUGGUUCGGGCUUCUCUGGACGGCUGGGAAACGACCGCGCACACUGUGGACCGAGGGGGUUGGCCUUCCCACUAUCAUGGAUUAACCCGUCGUGGAAGCUCAGAUACUGCCGGAGAUGUGGACAGUCUUGGAGCAAAACAUUUCCUCCACACAACUUUUCGUUUCUCAACAGUCACAGCGAACAAAACUACAUCAAAGAGAUUGGCCCUGUAUGCCGUACUCACCCAUGACAUCAGUUCUCGGUUGCGACGUAGCUCUCCAACAUCAUCCAGAUGCCUCCUUCAGCUGGGGGUGGUGCCCAGUGUGAUAAAAAGCCUCCAAACCCACGAGGACAAGAGCGAGCGUCAAAGGAGAGCCAGUCAGGGCGAGGUGGAGCUCGGGGCGGCAGGAGAGCUGGGCGCGCCGAAUGGAGGUGGUGGAGAGAUGGAGAGGAGGGUUCCUGCCAGUCAUUAUGAUGAAACCAAGCCCGUUCAGGUUAAAGCAGGUGAAUACAGCAGUGCAGACAAGGCUGGCCGAGAACAACUUCACCCUGGAGGAGACAAGUCUCUGUGGCCCAGAGCAUGGAGACUGUGGUGUGACGAGCAAAUCCCAGGAGCGCUUUUAGGAAGGAAAGACUUUUUGGAGAAGAUGUUCAAAUCUCAGAGCGCUGCCAGUGAUACAAGCAGCCAAUCCGAGCAGGAUACGUCCAGAGUGCACCACCGCCCACUCGGCACUACGAACCGUCGCUCGCGUCCAAGCUCCAGAAGGAUUUCACUCUGUAAGAAACUCAAACUGCCCAUAGGAAACUGGCUGAAACGCUCCUCUCUUUCUGGUCUGGCUGAUGGGGUGGAGGACCUACUGGACAUCAGCUCUGUGGACAGACUGUCCUUUAUCAGACAGAGCGCUCCAAAGUCAAGAUUCACCAGUGCAGUAAGCUGUCCGGAGAUAGCGCUUCUCAGUAUGGCGAGAGGAAGAGGAGGAGUCUUCAAGCGGCUCGGUAAAUGGCGGUCUGGUCGGAAGAGGGCGCUUCAAGCACACCAUUCUGUACCCCGACAAGGUUGCCAUGGAUUCAGGAGCGCUUGGCUUGCCAGUCAGGAAGCCAUGAAGAAUAAGAACAUUGUUAAUCUAGGUGCAAUCAGACGGGGCAUGAAGAGAUUUCAGUUCCUGUUGAACUGCUGUACUAAGGAACCAUGCGGUGCGAUUUUAGCAGCAGCACUGGACCUGAAAGCACCCGUUGUGGCAAGGGCCUCGCUUUUCCUGGGUGUGCCUGGAUUUUUGUGCAUCGCUGUAACUUGCAUGUUACUUCCAGCCCGGAAGUGGAUGAAAGGACACCAUGACAUCACUAAAGAGGACUAUCUAAGAGGGCGAUCGCCUGUAGUGAAACAAAAAGAAACACAGCUCCAGUGGAGCGCAGCAAAACACUUUUACCAGUGGGGGGAGAUGCACUUUCGGCUGAGUGAAAUUUGCCACUCAGACAGUGAGAGUCCAGCCGCUAUCUUGGGUUUAUCUCUGAUGAAGAGCAAGAGAAGAGCAAAAAAGGAGGAUGAGGAAGAUUAUCUGGAUGACGAGCCCCUUGUGGAUUUAGAGAGCUGUCGUUUGCGUCUGGACCCUGAACUAGGCCGUCACCGCUAUGAGAGGAAGAUCAGCUUUGCAGGAAUCCUGGAUGAUGAGGAUGGACACGAUUCUCUGAACAGCAGCAGUCACAUCAAGUCUGACACUGGCUGUGAGGAAAAGAAAUCAUCACAAGAGCCACUGGCUCCAAUUAGGAAGAUACGCAUUGGUGGUUCUCGGUUGCUGCAAAUUAAAGGAGCAAGGAGUUUCCAGGUAAAGAAAGGAGGAUCUUUGUCUUCUAUCCGCAGAGCAGGAGUCUGAAAAGCACUAAGAUGCAGACAGGACUCUGAGUCUGAGAAUGACGCAGAAUCGGAACGGCUGCUCUCCCAGAGUAGAGAUACUGUCACUGAUAUAGGUCAGACACCCUUGGAGUGCUGAAGCGAACCAAGCAUUGAACCUGAGGGUCCUGGCAGCACGGGGGGUGUGGAGGACAACUACCAUCGCAACAUGUCCUGGCUACAUAUCAUGAUUCUGCUGUGCAACCAGCAGAGUUUCAUCUGCACUCAUGUGGAUUUCUGCCACCCUCGCUGCUAUCAGCACCACAGUCGCUCUUGUGCUCGGCUCGUCCGCGCCAUCAAACUUCUAUACGGAGAGACAGUAGACAGUCUGAAAGAGAACAGCACUACCGGCAAUAUCAGUGGCCGUGCCAAGAAGAGCAAAGAGUGUUCAGACAAAUCUUGCCUCCGGACUCCAUCCAUGAAGAGACGCCCCACUGACAGCAGUGCUGAGGGAAAAAAAGACACCGGAAUGCUAAAGUACAUCCGCAACCAGGUAAUGAGUCUAUCUCCAGCCCCUUUGUCCUUGCUUAUAAAAGCAGCACCUAUCCUGACUGAGGAUAUGUAUGGAGAUAUUUUGCCUGCAGCAUGGGAGCUCCUGCUGAGUGUGGAUGAACAUAUGGCUGCAGCUGCAGCUGCCCUGUUCCUGCUGUGCGCUGUGAAGGUGCCCGAUGGAGUAACCGAAAUGAUGAUGGCCGAGUUUCAGCAUCAGGAAGCAUGUCAGAGAAUUAACUCCAUUUUGAAAUUCUACACUGUUUGGAGAUUCCGGUACCAAGUGUGGCCUCGAAUGGAAGAGGGGGCUCAACAGAUUUUUAAGAUUCCUCCACCUAGCAUAAACUUCACGCUGCCCUCACCAAUCCUAGGAAUGCCCUGUGUGCCUAUAUUUGACCCUCCAUGGGUUCCUGUUAAUGCAGGCACUGUUCCGGAUGCAAUCAGUGAAGAUCAGUCUAAAUCGUUCUCAGCACGAGCAGUAUCCCGUUCUCACCAAAGGGCAGAACACAUCCUGAAGAACAUGCAGCAGGAGGAGGAGAAGAGGAGGCUUGGUCGUGAGGCAAGCAUCAUCACGGCCAUCCCUAUCGCUCAGGAGGCCUGCUAUGAGCCCACAUGUAGCCCCCCGCCUGAGCAGGAAGAGGAAGUAGAAGAUGUGGUGAACUUGACUUCACGUCGUCUGUCCGUCAGCCCUUCUUGCGCCUCCAGUAACUCCCACAGAAACUACUCCUUCCGCAGGGGGUCUGUGUGGUCAGUGCGCUCAGUGGUCAGUGCUGAAGAUGAUGAGAACACAACAGAACUCACACCAACACAUCACAUGCUGCAGCCACCCCAGUCUGUUUUUCCACCAUGCAUCUGUGCUGCUGUGUUGCCCAUUGUGCACCUGAUGGAAGAUGGAGAAGUCCGGGAAGACGGAGUUGCAGUAUGUGCUGUUGCACAGCAGGUUUUGUGGAAUUGCCUGAUCGAAGAUCCAGCUUUAGUUCUUAGACAUUUCUUGGAGAAACUGACAGUCAGUAAUAGACAGGAUGAGCUGAUGUACAUGCUGAGAAAACUGCUUCUUAACAUUGGGGAUUUGCCUGCACAGACCUCGCACAUUCUUUUCAAUUAUCUGGUGGGCUUGAUCAUGUACUUUGUAAGGACUCCUUGUGAGUGGGGCAUGGAUGCCAUAUCAGCCACUUUGACCUUUCUGUGGGAGAUUGUGGGUUAUGUGGAGGGGCUUUUCAAAGAUCUUAAACAGACUAUGAAGAAAGAACAGUGUGAGGUCAAGCUUCUAGUUACUGCCUCCAUGCCAGGAACCAAAACCCUGGUGGUUCAUGGACAGAACGAGUGUGACAUUCCCACCCAAUUACCAGUGCAUGAAGACACCCAGUUUGAAGCCCUAUUGAAGGAGUGUUUAGAAUUCUUCAAUAUUCCAGAGGCUCGAUCUGCUAACUAUUUUUUGAUGGAUAAGCGUUGGAACCUUAUACACUAUGCCAAGACCUAUGUGCGAGACAUCUACCCUUUCAGAAGAUCAGUGUCUCCUCAACUCAACCUGGUUCAUAUGCUUCCAGAAAAGGGCCAGGAGCUCAUUCAGAAACAGGUGUUUUCAAGAAAGUUGGAAGAGAUUGGCCGAGUUCUGUUUAUCAUCUCACUUACCCAGCGUAUGCCUGCUAUGCACAAACAAUCGCAUGUCUCCAUGCUUCAGGAAGAUCUUCUGCCUCCGUCAUUUCCUCGCUCUGCCAUUGAUGCUGAGUUCACGCUCUUCAACGAGCCUCUAGGUAAGACGAUCCUUUUUAAAAUGGAUAAUACUUUUGGUUUGGACACUUUACAUAAGGUCCUAUGGAUCAAACUCCUGAGGAGAUGUUUCUGGGCAUGCCCAGCUUAAUACCCUUGGGGUGAUGAGAUUAUGCUAUUUCUGAAUGUGUUUAACGGUGCCCUGCUCCUACACCCCGAGGAUAGCGCCCUCCUCAGGCAAUACAGCGCCACAGCCAUCAACACAGCUGUACACUUCAACCACCUCUUCUCCCUCAGUGGCUAUCAAUGGAUCCUUCCUACUAUGCUCCAGACAUACGCAGAUUAUGAGAGCAACCCACUGUUGCGUCGAGGGAUUGAAUUUUGCUGCAGGCAGUUCUAUAUCCUCCACCGCAAACCUUUCAUAUUGCAGCUCUUCGCUAGUGUGGCCCCACUGCUGGAGUUCACUACUCGCACUAGUACUGGUUUAUCAAAAGGAGUGUCUUCACAGUGUCUUUUCGACCUGCUGGUAUCUUUGGAGGGAGAGACUGCAGAUUCCUUGGAUGCUCUGGAGCUGGUGAAGGCCGAGAAACCUCUCCGUUUUUCAGAUUUUUGCUAUGGUAAUGAGGACCUGGCGUUCUCAAUCAGCGAAGCUAUAAAGCUCUGUGUCACAGUGGUUGCUUAUGCCCCAGAAUCCUACUGCAGUUUGCAAAUGCUGAUGGUUCUUGAGGCUUUAGUUCCGUGUUACCUGCAGAAGAUGAAGGGUAACACACAGACUCUGGAGUCUGCGUCUGCGGCGAGGGAUGAGAUCGCUGCUAUAGCUGCUCUGGCCACUUCUUUGCAGGCUCUGCUCUACAGCGUUGAGGCAUUGACACGACCUAUGACUGCACCUCAGAUGAGUCGAUGUGAUCAAGGCCACAAGGGAGCAACUACAGCCAACCACACCAUGUCUGGAGGACCAAACACCAGGGAUAACCUACACCUUCUGGAGGAGGGUCAGGGUAUACAGGAGGAACUGGAUGAGCGUAAUGCCCGUGAAGAGUUCCCGCCUCGCGAGUCUCUGCUUAACAUCUGCACAGAGUUCUACAAGCACUGUGGUCCUCGUCUCAAAAUCCUACAAAACGUGGCAGGAGAACCCAGAGUCACCGCUCUAGAGCUGCUGGAUAUCAAGUCUCAUAUGAGAUUGGCAGAAAUCGCCCACUCCCUUCUCAAAUUGGCCCCGUACGACACGCAGACCAUGGAAAGCAGAGGACUGCGCCGUUACAUCACGGAAAUGUUACCCAUCACCGAUUGGUCAGCAGAGGCCAUUCGUCCCGCCCUCAUCCUCAUUCUGAAGAGGCUGGACCGCAUGUUUAACAAGAUUCAUAAGAUGCCCACACUCAGGUGCGUUCACCCUCAGGUUCUGUGCACCAGGCGGCAGGUAGAGUGGGAGGCAGCUAGCAGUCUGAUCGAAGGGAUAUGUUUGACACUUAAUCGGCAGCCAAUCAUUUCCUCUCCUCACCUGAGAUCUCUAAUCAACGUUUGUGUCAACCUGGUGAUGGGGGUUGUGGGGCCGUCUAGUGUGGCAGAUGGACUUCCCUUGUUGCAUUUGAGCCCAUACCUGUCUCCUCCUCUUCCCUUCAGUACAGCAGUUGUGCGUUUGGUUGCCAUGCAGAUCCAGGCAUUAAAGGAUGACUUCCCACUCAGUCACGUGAUCUCCCCCUUCACCAAUCAGGAGAGACGAGAGGGGAUGCUGCUUAACCUCUUGAUUCCAUUUGUAUUGACUGUGGGCUCAGGGAGUAAAGAUAGUCCUCAUCUGGAGCAACCAGAGGUAUUUCUACUUCUGCAGACAGUCAUUAACAUCCUGCUACCUCCACGCAUUAUCAGCACUUCCCGUAGUAAGAACUUUGUUCUGGAUGCAUCCCCUGCCCACUGCUCCACCCCGGGGGACACUGGGAAAGACCUGCGUAGAGAGGGACUGGCUGAAUCCACCAGCCAAGCAGCUUAUCUUGCUCUGAAGGUGGUCUUAGUCUGCUUUGAGCGACAGUUGGGUAAUCAGUGGUACAAGUUGAGUCUGCAGGUCAAAGAAAUGGCCCUGCGUAAAGUUGGCGGUCUGGCUUUCUGGGAUUUUAUUGACUUCAUAGUGCGCACAAGAAUUCCAAUCUUCAUUCUGUUGCGCCCUUUCAUACAAUGCAAGCUUUUGACCCAACCAGCUGAGUCUCAGGAGGAGAUCACGGCCCGUCACCAUAUUGCAGAGCAACUAGAGCGUCGUUUCAUCCCACGGUCCCUCUGUAAAAGCUCUCUGUUUGCUGAGUUCAGCAACGAGCUCAAGAUUCUGAAAGAGGCGGUGCACAGCGGCUCCGCUUACCAAGGAAAGACUUCCAUCAGUACUGUUGGCACGUCCACCUCUGCAUACAGGUUGAGUCUAGCCACCAUGUCCCGCUCCAACACCGGUACAGGAACUGUCUGGGAGCAGGAGAGCCAACCCUCACGCCAGCCUUCCCAAGACACACUCAGCCGUACCGAUGAGGAGGAGGAGGAAAAUGACUCCAUCAGCAUCCCUAGCGUGGUAAGUGAGCACGAAGCUUUCCUCCCCAGGCUCAUUUCCCAGCGGCGUUUCUCCAGUCACGCCACGGCGGCUGCCACUCAGCCCGAACCAGGCAUGAGCACCAUGCUGCCCAGUCACAGUGAACCCAAUGUGCUAGAUGAAUCCCAGGGGCUUCUGGAGGAGGGUAACCUGUCUAGGGUUGCCAGCGUGCAGAGUGAACCAGGACAGCAGAAUCUUCUCAUCCAGCCACCUCUCGGUCGUAAGAGAGGACUUAGGCAGCUACGACGACCCCUGCUGUCUAUACAGAGGGUGCAGGACGAGUCUCGUGGACGGCAGGGAGCCAGACUCUCUACAACCCGCAGGAGCAUUCAGCCUAAGAGUAAACCACUCGAUAGGGCUCACGGUGACCAAAAGAGGUCUGUUACUUUCACCGAGACCCAACAGGAAGCGGCUGGCAGAUCUCCCACUGCCACUCCCAGCCACAGCGGUGGCUUACCAGGGGUCACAGAGGUCGGGAGGCUGAGCCAUGCUCCAUCAGAGUCCUCAUCACCUAGCAUCAAAACGGCCCAGCACAAACCAGCUUGGCCACAGGUCUGAUUUUACCCAGUGUCAGUCUAUGAGAAUAAAGACAGGAAAGAUCAGGGGAGUGUAAGGAGCAGUCUUUCUCCAACCCCCUCUGCUGCCUCAAGCUCCACUUCUAGAGCCUGCUCCCCUCUUCCUCCUCCCCUCCCCAUCCUGAGCACACCGUCCCGACUGACCCCGACCCAGAUCAGAGAAAGUCCCGAGGACGAAGAGACCACUGGGCUUCUGCAGAACACGGACACCUCCCCUAGCGUAGGAGAGGAGCGCGGCACGGAGAACCCACUCCUGACCUCGCUGCUCUCACCCCGCUCUCUCUCCUCUCCCCUCCCCGUAGACCUGGAUCUGGACGAGUCUCAUGUGUGAGAACGUCCAGCUUCAGGAGGCCGCGCUAGUUUAACAGGACGUGGAAAAAGAAUCCUGGGAUCGGAUUUCUCGAAUGGCUUAAACUUGAAUUUUUUUUUCCCGUUGGUUUUUGGAAGCUCGGCUCGAGUUAAAGCAUAUUAAGCUAUCACGGGACAUCCUUUGCAAUUAAUAGACAUGUUUAUGAAGCACUGUGCGUAAUCCUACACACCAAUAAAGCCAAUCAACGUUAAUGUACCCUUCAGUCUUUAAUGAUAUAAAUGACGUGAUUUGAAAUCAAAUAUUAGCAUUGUGUGAAAAUUCUAAAAAACAAUAAAAACAUUAUAUAGAUGUAUUCUAAAUAUUUGUCAUCUAUUAAAGUAUUUAUUUAGAGGAUUAUAUGAAAAUGGAUAUUUAGAAUAAAUACUAUAAAUGCUUUAUUUUCAGAAAUACAAAGACGCUUGUAUCAUAU